AUGUUUGAUGCACACCAGUUCAUCACGACAUCAGAAACAUUCAGCUUUUCAGAAUCUUAUGUUUAUUAUAUCUUUUUAAGAUUGAAUACUAUGGAGAAAUACAAGUGGGAACGCCAUCACAAACGUUUCGUGUACUCUUUUACACAGGAUCAACUGACACUUGGUUCCCCUCAAGGAAAUGUUGGUUUCUUGACAUUCCGUGUUGGUUCAUUCGAUUUUAUGACAGUUCGAAAUCAUCCACCUACAACCCAAAUGGAUAUAGAUCCAGUAUUUUCGUUCUAUCUGAGCCGGAAAAACGGUCUUGUUGGUGGAGAGAUGGUGAUUGGUGGUGUCAAUCCUGAAUAUUUUAUUGGAGAUUUCGAAAACGUCCCUGUCAUUUAUGAUAACAGUUGGUCUGUUAUAAUCAAAAGGAAGCCAACUGGUUAUACACACAGUGUACAUCACCAUUCGCUAGUAACGACGGUAUCUCACCCGGAGUUUGGGUUCUUGGCAAUGUAUUUAUGA